AAACCUUCGGCUCCUCGGGCAGGGUCGGAGCUGCAGGGGGCCAGGGAGGGGAGCAGAGAGAGAGAGAGAGGGAGGAAGGAAGAGUAGAGAGUCUGGAAGGCUGGCUGAGUCAGCUUGGCGAGCAGCCUCAGGGUCGCAGGCUCCUGUGGGAACCGCUGCUGCUUCCAGGCCGGCCAGAGCUCUUCUCACACCACCGCCUCUCACCCUCUCCCGGUCUCUGCACCUCCCUCAAGAAAGGUCCCUGGGCUCUGGCCGCGAUAUUCCCAGCUUGAAUCCGGUUACAGGCGGCGUGUCCACCACGCAGGAGCCCCGGGCUCCAGCAGGACACCCUCUCUGGGCCCGCUCUCCCCUCUCAGCCCUGCUGCUACCGCUUCUCCUCCACCUCCGCCCUCCCCAGCUCCAGCUCGGAGAGACGCCACCCAGCCGCGGCGGGUACUCGAGGCCCGGGGUCACGCACUGAAGAGGGGAGCUAGAUUGGGGGCCCUAGACCGGACCCAGAGCUCGGUAGGGGGCGUCCUGGGGCGGAGAGUGAAAGAGCAGGUGGUAUAUAAAGGUGUGGGAGUCGCCCACUCUGAAGCCCGCGCUUCUCCCCUGAGCCAUCCCCGCGCAGCCCCACUCGGGCCAGCGCCUGGCGAGCGAGCCCAUCUGUGGCAUCCGUCGUCGCCUCCUCCUUGCACCUCCUCGCCGACCCCUCCCUCCCGGGACCUGCAUCCCGCUCCGCCAAUCAGCGCCCGAUUGCCUCUUCCCACGUGAUCUCGGGCGGGCUAAGGACCUGCUGCUUCCCAAACGCCAGAGGGACGCGGGCGGCAGAGCGCGAGAGGCGGCUGCUCGGCUGUGGGGCGCUUUGACUCUCCUUCCACCCAACCUCCUUGGACUCCUCUCCUCUGCCCUCUGGACUCCGGUCUCCUCGUGAUCCCCUGGCUGCCCAGAGCCCCCUCCUUAUGGCAGCAGCCCCCCGAGCCUCCGGCGCAGCUUCUCAGCAGACGACCCUCUCGCUCCCGGGGCUGGGCCGGGUCGCUGGAUGUUUCUGAAACUCUGGAGACCAUGCGCGGGUUUGGCCGCUGCUUCCCUGUCGGGUGCCACUGCCACCGCCGCCGCCCGUGCUGCCGCCGUCCGCGGGAUGCUCAGUAGCCCGCUGCCCGGCCCCCGCGAUCGCGUGUUCUUCGGAAGCCGUUUGCUACUGCAGAGUUGCGCGAACUAGUCAUGGUGCUGUGGGAGUCCCCGCGGCAGUGCAGCAGCUGGACACUUUGCGAGGGCUUUUGCUGGCUGCUGCUGCUGCCGGUGAUGCUACUCAUCGUAGCCCGCCCGGUGAAGCUCGCGGCUUUCCCUACCUCCUUAAGUGACUGCCAAACGCCCACCGGCUGGAACUGCUCCGGUUAUGAUGACAGAGAAAAUGAUCUUUUCCUCUGUGACACCAACACCUGUAAAUUUGAUGGGGAAUGUUUAAGAAUUGGAGACACUGUGACUUGCGUCUGUCAGUUCAAGUGCAACAGUGACUAUGUGCCUGUGUGUGGCUCCAAUGGGGAGAGCUACCAGAAUGAGUGCUACUUGCGGCAGGCUGCCUGCAAACAGCAGAGCGAGAUACUUGUAGUGUCUGAAGGAUCAUGUGCCACAGAUGCAGGAUCAGGAUCUGGAGAUGGAGUUCAUGAAGGCUCAGGAGAAACCAGUCAAAAGGAGACUUCAACCUGUGAUAUUUGCCAGUUCGGUGCAGAAUGUGAUGAAGAUGCUGAGGAUGUCUGGUGUGUGUGCAAUAUCGACUGUUCUCAAACCAACUUCAAUCCCCUCUGUGCUUCUGAUGGGAAAUCUUAUGAUAAUGCAUGUCAGAUCAAAGAAGCAUCAUGUCAGAAACAGGAGAAAAUUGAGGUCAUGUCGUUGGGUCGAUGUCAAGAUAACACAACUACAACUACUAAAUCUGAAGAUGGGCAUUAUGCAAGAACGGAUUAUGCAGAGAAUGCUAACAAGUUAGAAGAAAGUGCAAGAGAACACCACAUACCUUGCCCAGAACAUUACAAUGGUUUCUGCAUGCAUGGGAAGUGUGAACAUUCUAUCAAUAUGCAGGAGCCAUCUUGCAGGUGUGAUGCUGGUUAUACUGGACAACACUGUGAAAAAAAGGACUACAGUGUACUGUACGUUGUUCCCGGCCCUGUACGAUUUCAGUAUGUCUUAAUCGCAGCUGUGAUUGGGACCAUUCAGAUUGCUGUCAUCUGUGUGGUGGUUCUCUGCAUCACAAGGACCAAACUUCAGGUAACAGCACUGGACUAAGAUUUGUAAACUUUCCAACCUUCUAGGAAAUGCCCCAGAAGCAACAGAAUUCACAGACAGAAGCAAAAUACAGGGCACUACAGUUCAGACAACACAACAAGAGCAUCCACGAGGUUAAUCUAAAGGGAGCAUGUUGCACAGUGGCCGGACUUCCGAGAGCUGGGACUACACAAUACAGUAUUAUAGACAAAAGAAUAAGACAAGAGAUCUACACAUGUUGCCUUGCAUUUGUGGUAAUCUACACCAAUGAAAACAUGUACUACAGCUAUAUUUGAUUAUGUAUGGAUAUAUUUGAAAUAGUAUACAUUGUCUUGAUGUUUUUUCUGUAAUGUAAAUAAACUAUUUAUAUCACACAAUAUAGUUUUUUCUUUCCCAUGUAUUUGUUAUAUAUAAUAAAUACUCAGUGAUGAGAAAAAA